AUGCUGAAGACAGAAAAGAUGGCUUCUCCCCAUAAAGACUUCCCUUCUUCCCCACGUGCCCGCAUGUCGGCGCCCGGGCUUUUCAAAGAUGGUCUCUGGUGCUGUAACUGCCCAGAUCGGCCUCCAGCUAAACAGUUCCAAGUCAAGAAACAGAGCGCAAAUCAAGGGAGAUUCUUCUGGACCUGCGAUCAACCCCAACAUCUCAAGUGCAAGUUCUUCCUUUGGGCGAGUGACGCCGAGAUCCGCGAACAAGCAACCGUUCUUUCCAACUCCCGAUCCGAGACCGAUACUCUGUCUUUGACACCUUCUAAACCGAAGACACCAAGUCGCUUCAGCAAUGGUCUCAUGACCCCUCAGACCGAGCGCCGCUUUGUGGACAACCCUCAACGUAGCUUCAUCUCCCCACCGAAAACGGCCAAAGCACGAAUGAUAUCUGAGGCUUCAGACGAAUUUGGAUGGAAUGACGAAUCCGAUGAAAAUGAAGAGCUUGAAAAUGUGCUAUUGUCUACUCAGGAUACGGAGGCUUUUAUGACACAACCAAGCUUCCAUCGUGAAUCUCCGUCGAAGGUGGCCCGCACAAAUUUAUUCACCUCCCCUGGUAAGCGAAAAAUCUCCGAAGCUACAAAUAUGAGUCCUCCUCAGACCCAGUCUGCCCUUGCAACGCCCUUCUCAUCUCGAUCCUCUCGCACUGAACAGUUCUGCCCAUCAUCAGUGGAGCUGUGCAUGACACCUACACCAAGCAAAUACAGCGAUGUCCUCUAUGCAGACUCAAAGUACGACAUGACAGAUCUGUCGAAGAGUCUACUCGAUGUUUUAGAUAAGCACAGUGUUGUGCUACCAAGUCACGCGCAGAAAGAGAUGGUCUCGUUGCUCAAUCAACAUGAUCUUAGGACCAAGGGUAUCAGCAAAGGGCGAGACAUGUCGCGCAUGCUACUAAAGAAACGUGAUGAAGAAAUAUUGAGGCUUAAGGAGCGUAUCUCACAUUUGGAAGCCCAGAAAGAGUUGGAUCGGAGUCUGAUUGAGGCGACGAAGCGACCCUGA